AUGGCUACUGAUGAGACGGCGGCUGUGUCGCCCAUCUUGAGCAUCCCUUUGGAACUGAUGAAGGAGAUCCUCGAGUCUGUGAGUACCAAAUGCACACCAUCACCUUCCUCGGCUGACCCAGACUUACUCAGAGCCUCAUCAAACCAAGUGGAAGCAACAUCACCCUCUCUUCCGCAGGGUUCGAGACUCAUGCGCUGCUGAAGACCUGCAAACGACUCCGCUUUGAGGCUCUGAAGACAUUCUACUACAAGAACAAGUUCGUCAUUGCCGAGGAGGAAAAUGCGGUGGAGGUGCUCAUCAAAUUCUUCCAUCACCUGAAGUCUCUGGUGCGUACUGUGCGAUGAGUCUACCGUGCUCUCACUGACUUGUAGUAGGGCCUCAAAGAACAUCUCGUCUCCCUCGACCCCAGCGCUGUGGGCAGGGGGCUGUGGUUCAACGUCAUCCAAUUCUUCCAGCGAGUGCAUCAGGGCUCCUUUCCCGGCCUGAGCGUCACGGCCGUCCAUCGGCUCAGGAAAAUCCGCAGUCGUCAUGUGAAGGCUAUGCUCAGGUACUUCACCCUCGCGCAGGCCAAGCGGAGAGAACCUUGGCAACGGGUGCGACGAGAGAUUGACUGUCAGUGGUACAUUGAGGCGGAGGCUAUUAAGAAGGAGAAGAAUCAGGAAACAACGACGCGGACCUGA